CUAUAUCCCGCUCGUCCAUGACGUCGUUAGCCACACAUGCUUGACGAUUGCCCAACAUCUAUGCCAUACUUUGUUUAGUUUUAGUCCAUAUUCUUGUGAAAAAUUCGUUCUAUAACCAUUUGCAUACGACAUCAACUAUAUCGUGAAACUUAGAAGUCUAGUUUUGGAACAUUUUCGUUUGCUUGCGACGACAGAUUAUCGUAAAAAGUCUGUCGAUUUUUGGACGGAAAAUUUCAUACCAGAAAUCCAGACAGCCUAGGAAUCCUACCGCCGUACCGGGGACGUGUGGCGGUCCACUGGACAAAACAUCUGUACCAGGUCGCUAGGCAUUAACCCCAUAUCCUGUCAACAUGGGCGACUCCGAAACGGCAGCAGACAGGAAUGUAGAGAUGUGGAAAAUCAAGAAACUGAUUAAAAGUUUACAACAAGCUAGAGGCAACGGCACCAGCAUGAUCUCACUCAUCGUUCCUCCGAAGGAUCAGAUCGCACGCGUCGGCAAGAUGCUGGCAGACGAACUCGGCACCGCAUCCAACAUAAAGUCGCGCGUAAAUCGGCUCUCCGUGCUCGGUGCCAUCACGUCUGUACAGCAGCGACUGAAGCUGUACUCAAAAGUUCCACCAAAUGGUCUGGUGAUCUAUUGUGGAACGAUUGUGACCGAGGAAGGAAAAGAAAAGAAGGUCAACAUAGACUUUGAGCCAUUCAAGCCGAUCAACACUUCAUUGUACUUAUGUGAUAACAAGUUCCACACUGAGGCUCUCACUGCCCUUCUCAGCGACGACAGCAAGUUUGGCUUUAUCGUGAUGGACGGCAACGGAGCUCUGUUUGGCACGCUAUCGGGAAACACGCGUGAGGUGCUGCACAAGUUCACUGUCGACCUGCCGAAGAAACAUGGUCGUGGAGGUCAGUCUGCGCUGCGAUUCGCUCGCCUGCGCAUGGAGAAGCGACAUAACUAUGUGCGCAAAGUCGCCGAGGUCGCCGUGACGAUGUUCAUCACGAACGACCGGCCAAACAUCUCGGGCCUCAUCCUAGCCGGGUCGGCCGAUUUCAAGACCGAGCUCAGCCAGUCGGACAUGUUCGAUGCGCGGCUUCAGACGAAGGUGCUGAAACUAGUAGAUGUCUCCUAUGGAGGCGAGAACGGAUUCAAUCAGGCCAUAGAGCUGUCAGCAGAGGUCCUUGCCAACGUGAAAUUCAUACAGGAAAAGAAACUGAUAGGACGAUACUUUGACGAGAUCUCGCAGGACACCGGGCGGUUCUGCUUCGGUGUCGUCGACACGCUGCGGGCGCUGGAGAUGGGCGCCGUCGAGACGCUCGUCUGCUGGGAGAACCUCGAUGUCGUGCGAUACCAGCUGAUCAACCACUCUACGGACGAGGAGCGGCUGCUGCAUCUCAGCCCCGAGCAGGCCAAGGACAAAACCAACUUCAUAGACAAAGACUCUGGGGUUGAACUAGAGACUGUAGAUUUCAUGCCUCUGCUGGAAUGGCUAGCCAAUAACUAUAAAAGUUUUGGUGCUGCCCUUGAAAUCAUCACCGAUAGGUCGCAGGAGGGGUCGCAGUUUGUCAAGGGUUUCGGUGGAAUCGGAGGUCUGCUGCGCUACAGGGUCGACUUUCAGGCCAUCGAGGUCGAAGAGAUGUUUGAAGAUUUUGAUCUGGACGACUACUAGAGCGCCACCUAUUGACCGUCGUACAGCAAGAAAGGGAAACUCAGUACUUCCAGUGGAUCUGAAACUCUGUUGGGCCAACGAGAGACAUUUUCCAUUUUACUAUUAUCGGAAACUUCCGGGGAGCAAAAACGGCGCGCGCCGUCCAUUUACCAGUACCGGCCGUUUGUAUACUUUGUAUGCAUUAAGUAGAGUUAAUGUAUGCAGGUGUGGCCGGAGGGAGAUGCAGGACAGUGUCGUGUCUGUAUGAGCAGGCUUGCUAUCGAUCCCACUUAACGUGGUUUUAGGAAUUUUCUGUGCCAUGCUUGAUGCUGUGAACUGCACCUACCUUCACAACCAGUCCAGCUUGUCUUAAAUGCAACCCUGGGGUGAAUAGGAAAGGCAAGAUGGUGUCACCGGGGAGCGGUGCGACAGUGACCAAUAUCGGUCCCGUGAAACAGCUGUGUGUGCGAUUAGAUAUCGCUUUGCUGGAAGAGUGGCGUCAAAGGCAUGUGGAGUGACACCAUGUGCUUGUGGUGUGUUGGGGACAAGGGUUGGGGGUGACACAAAAACAACAUGUGCUUGUGGGGUGCUGGGGACAAGGGUUGGGGGUGACACGAAAACAAAUCGGCCAUUCAGAUGAAAUUUGUGUCGCAACCAAUUAUUAAUUGACACCGCCUUCCAGCCUUCCCCUCGUAGCAUGAGUAGUAACCUCUUCCUCUCCCCCUUCCUUUCUCUCCCUUCUCUCUGAGACUGUCUCUAUCUAUCUAUCUUGCUCGCUCUCUCUCUCUCUGUCUCUCUCUUUCUCUCUCUCUCUCUCUCUCUCUCUCUCUCUCUCUCUCAAAAUUUGUCGUACUCAAGGGUAAAAGAUAGUGUGUUUCCUACAUCACAGUGGCUCAUGUAUUAUAGAGAUAUGGCCUUCAUGGUAGACAAUAACAUAACUUACUAUCUGCUUUAAGGAACCAUCUGUUUGGUCUUCGGAACAGGAAUAUCGGGGCAUUAAAUGUAUUUUAGAAUGCCUAACCGUUUAACACAUUCUGCAUGUGUCUUUCUGGUGACAUUUACUUGAAUUACUUCACGUGAUUUUUCUUUCAAAGUAAGAUAAUGUCCAGUCCCUCUGAGAAUGUGCUACAUUCUUUUCCAUCGUACUCUUGUCCUUGUCAGUAUGACAUCAAUGAUAAAAGUGAAGGUGGUGCAGUAAGUUGCAAUUUUAUACCAUAUUAAAUGUCUGGUAAUUGACCUAUCUGCCUGGCAUGAUUGAUAGGCAGCUUUAGCCAGUUGCUGUUAUGCUAGGACGUUUUAAAAGACAAUAUAUUGCAACUAAGUGCUGCAAAGUCAACAAUUUGGUGUAUACACAUGAUGGGAAAUGUCUGUAAACUGGUCUAGCUUGUAGCAAUAAUAUCUAAGAGUGGCGUAUUUACCUCGUUCAGAUGGAUAGGUCAUCUCUGGAGAGUGUACCAUUUCUUAUUGUUGUCUUCUGCUCCGCUCUCCUGUCUUUCGAUGAUUCCUCUCCCCCUUCUUCCGUGCAGUGUAUGUACUGUUGUUCUCAUGAUUCCGUCGUGCUGCCGUGCCUGUGAGUACAAUCGUAAUCUCAGGUCUUCAGCCGUGGGGUCUGAGGACCUCAGCUGCGGUUUGCGAGCCUUGGCUGGGGGUCUGUGAGCCUCAGUUGGUGUGAGUCUUCUAAAUUGGUAAUUGAGGCAGGGUGAGCUCCCGCUAGCUUCCAACAGCUUGUAUUCAGUAUGAUUUUUCACAUUUCCCUCUUUUAGAGUGUAAAGAUCUAGAAUCUGGGAUCAGAGGCUCAUUGUCAAAAACAAGAUUAGCUUAACAUUAGUCUUGACUUUCUCUCGUAGACGGGACCUCUAUACACUGCGUAUGAGAAACUCGUAACUCUACCAUGAUUCUGUUAACGGUCUAUGAGAAAGAGUUGACUGAGACUACUUUUGAGAGUAAUGUUGAGACAUAUUUGUGUUUCUCACAGCAGGCCUCGGAUUUUAGAUAAUAUAUAGAAGUGUAUGUUGGAUCUGAAUGUACGCUAACGUGCCGUGGGGUGGUGGUCACUGUUACAAUAAUGUGUGGUGUGAUAUUGUAUCAUGAUCAUUAACUUUGCUGCUGUGUUACUGAAGAUUGCUGUAGAAUUGUAACAGAUGUAACAUUGUGCCAUAGCGUGAUAUGUAUAGCUGUGGCAUUGAGGCACGUGACACAACAUAGUCACGUAACAUGGUGUGCACUGCUGCAGAAAUAGAUUGUUCCAUGCCACUGUCUGUUGUUACAUGGUGGAGUGUUCAGUGACACAGUAUGAUGUACUAUGGUGGAGUGCUCCGUAACACAGUGUUGUGACGUUGUGAAGCAUUCCAGUACACAUUAUGUUGUAACAUGGUGAAGCAUUCCGUGACAAGUGUUGUAACAUUGGGCAGCGUUCCGCGACACAUUCUGUUGUAACGUAGUGGGUUGCACUAGUUAGUGUGGAAUGAAUAACCCUGUGGAAUCACGCUGUUUUAUAAUGUGCUACUCACCGACAUAGGACACAAAACAUUGUUGCAGUUCAUCAUUAUGUUGCGUCAACUGCUGGAAGGACAAAGAGGACAAUUUGUACGUGUUAUGAUAAUCUAAUUAUUGGGUUGGAUGAGGUGUUAUGAGAAAUUUGUUUAAAUAGAAAAAUUGCGUCCGUUUUUUGAAAUAAAAAUCAUAUACGCUGUUCA